AUGGAAAAGUCCUCAACGUGUUCCUCUACUUUGAAAGAUACACGCGAAGCAAACAAAACAUCUUUGUGGAAGAUAAGGAAGGUCUUAACGGAGAAAUGUGAACGUUGGAUUUAUUUUGAUAACAACAGUGAUGUUGAGAACUAUAUUUUGAAACCUUUGUGCAAGUCGAUUAACUUACUUAAAAGAGAUCCUAUAAAGAUCAAGAUCGACGAUUACGAUAUGGGGUACCAGGACGAGGUAAUUUUCGGGUAUAAUCGUGAAUCUGAUAAAUUUUAUCUUGGGAAGAAUAUGUGGAGGGUGAAGGAGCUUGAUGUUGGAGAUGAAGUUGGAUUCUUCUACGAUCCCAUUGCAAAGAAUAUGUGUUUCUCUGUGUUGAAACAAGCAAAACCCUGA